AAAAAAAAAAUAAAUUUGAAAUGUAAACAGAAACAAAAAAUAAUUAAUAAAAACUUUCCAAAAUCAGCCCAAUAUAUUUUUUGUCCCGAAAUCAGCCCAAUAUUAUGUAGUGUAAGUUAACGCUGUUCAACUACAACCUUUCUUUCAUAAAGUUAAUAAAAAGAGAAAUUUCUUUUAGUUUUAAGAAAUAUUUUAAGAAUAUACUUUUUCAUAGUUUUUGUUAAAUAUAUACUUUUUCAUAGUUAUCAACUUAAAAAGGCAAAAACAAAAAUGUGUAAAAUUGGAGGGAAGGGGAACAAGCGGCAAAUCGAGGAUUAGACACAGUGCGAGGAUGAAAACCCCAAUCCUUUCUGUUUUUCCUUCGUUUGUAUUCUUACUUUGUCCGAAAACUGCUGUUCGUGGAGUUAGUGGCCAUGGCUUUUGAUACUGUGGAUCUUCGUUCAAGCUUUUGCAAACGCUUCUUUUCUCGGAUUACAUUUCGGCCAACAUUAUGGGAAAGUUCUAGUUCUCCAUGUUUUUCUUUUUCCUGUUUACUCAGUGGAAGUUGAGCUUUUAGUAUUUUACCUAUAUGAGGGAUUUGUUCUUGCUGCGAAGGUGAAGAGAAGAGAGGGAAGUAUGUGAGCAUUCAAUGCUUUCUGAAGACAAUUAAUUUAUGCCCUCUACUUUCAGAAGUGGACUUGUGUGAACUGUUAAGCAAAUUUCAGCUGUGAAGUUGUAAACAAUGAGCAAAAAACACCAAACAUCUCAUCUCAAUAAUGAGAAUAUGGACGAUCUUUCAGCUCCUCCAGGUUUUGUGUCUCUUACGUCUUUCAUCCUGAAGAGGGUAGGAAAGAUUGAAGAAGCCAAUAAUUCCAAGGAAUUUCUGGAUUCAUCUACACGAAAGCCAACCUAUUUGGACAGCAUGUCUGGUGUGAAUGACAAUGCUAUGCUGAAAAAGACUCUUAGGCAAAUACCAAGGAUUAUCAUUGACCCAGCGAAUCACAACUCAGAGGUAACAGCUAGGUGGCGUCCUGUUGAUGCAAUAGCUAAUGUCCUUGAAGAGGCUCCUGUUUUCCAUCCAACAGGAGAGGAAUUCAAAGACAUUGUUCAGUAUAUUGCAAAGAUUCGUUCAACAGUUGAGGCUUAUGGAAUGUGCCGUAUUGUUCCACCUUCUUCCUGGAAACAUCCAGAAAAUAAAAUAUGUGAAAAUAAUAUGUUUGUUACCCAUAUUCAGCGGAUUGAUGGGGUUAAAACUCCAUAUUUGGAGAACAAAAUAUCUAGUCCUGUUGAAGGCCAGAAACAUAAGAGGAAAAGAAGCUUGAAAAUGGAUUUGGAAGUUGUUAAUGGACAUGCCACAUAUCUUGGUGAAGUUGCUCUAAAGCCUGGCCCAGAAUUCACUUUCAAAACUUUUAAGAAGUAUGCAGAUGAUUUCAAGGGUCAGUAUUUCUGCAAAAGUAAAGUUAGAAAUUCAGACGUAUGUUCAACUGCAUUUCAAAAGCAAUGGGAGCCAUCAGUAGAGAAUAUUGAAGGUGAAUAUAACCGUAUUGUUGUUAACCCAACUGAAGAAAUUGAGGUGCUUUGUGGUGACAAUUUGGAUCCUAAUGUUUUUGGUGGUGAAUACCCAGCAGUAACCGAUCCUUUAGAUGCAUCAGGUUAUCCUGAAAACGUAAAUUCUGGAUGGAACUUGAAUAAUUUACCUAGACUACCUGGUUCUCUUCUUUCUUUUGAAAGCCAUUACACUUGUCCUAUUUUAAUGCCUCGUGCUCGAAUAGGAAUGUGCUUUUCGUCUCUUCAUUGGAGAGUUGAAGAACAUAGAUUAUACUCACUAUGUUACAUGCAUAUGGGCGCUCCUAGAAUAUGGUAUUCUGUUCCUGGGAAAUGCAGUAUUAAGUUUGAGGAGACUAUGAAGAAUUUCGUUGCAAAUAUAUCAGAGCCAGAGUUACGUUAUAGGCUGGCCAAACAAUUCUCCCCCUCCAUAUUGAAGUCAGAGGGAAUACCUGUUUUUCGUUGCGUUCAGAAUCCUGGGGAGUUUGUACUUGUUCUCCCAGGAGCAUAUCAUUCAGGAUUUGAUUGUGGCUUUAAUCAUUCUGAGGCAGCAAAGUUUGCUCCCCUUGACUGGUUGCCUCAUGGACAGCUUGCUGUAGAAAAUUAUCAAAUGCUGGAGAGGAAGACAUCUAUAUCCCACGAUAAACUGUUGCUUGGAGCAGCUCAGGAAGCUGUCAGGGCACAGUGGGAACUCUCACUGCUGUGUAGGAAGAACACCUUAGAUAAUCUACGUUGGAAAGAUGCCUGCGGAAAGGAAGGAAUCUUGACAAAGGCGUUUAAGUCACGUGUCAAGAGUGAAAGCCUCAGGAGAGAAUAUCUAUGUAGCUCAUCGCAGUUGAUGAAGAUGGAUUUAAGUUUUGAUGCAACCAUAAAAAGGGAAUGCUGCAUUUGUUUCUUUGAUCUUCAUAUGGCUGCAGCAGGCUGUCCUUGUUCUUCAGACAGAUAUUCAUGUCUAAAUCAUGCAAAGCAGCUCUGCUCUUGUGCUUGGACUGAAAAGUUUUUCCUCUUCCGUUAUGAAAUUAGCGACUUGAAUAUUCUUGUUGAAGCUCUGGAAGGAAAACUAAGUUGUGUCUACAAAUGGGCCAAAGAGUAUCUGGGACUGGCUGUGAGCUCCCAUGUCUCUAAAAACAGUUUACAACCAACCAGGAAUACAGUUAAUCCAACCUCUCGUGAAGAUAAAUCAGAAAAGGAAGUGUAUGGCUUUGAACAUACAGCAAGACCCAAAAGCAGUAGGUCAGUCUCUCAAUACAAGGCAGAAAUAAAGGCUCGUUUACUCAAAACGACGAUCUCGAAGAAAGCAAAAGAUAAUGCAAAGGAAUCCGCUGCUGCUGCUACAUGCAGUGCUAUCGGUAGGAGUUCCACUUCUGGCUUCAGAGAAGAAAUGAAAGCACGUAUCCCUCAAUUACCAAUCUUGAACGACCUGAAAGCAAAAGUGAACACAGUAGAACCUAAAGAUAUCUCUAGCACAGCCAAGGGCAAAUCUGUUCUACCAAUGGAGCUUAUAUCUGAAGUUUCUGCAAGUUCAAGUGAAACCAGCUCCUCAGAAUCUGAGGAUUAAGCAGAAGCAGAUGUUGUCCACUGAGCAUGAAUUGAGUAAAGCCUACUGCUCUAAUUCGUCUCCUAAAGCAGCAAUCGUAGAGCAUUCAAUAUUCCACUCCUUACCGAUGACCAAAAAAAACAAAAAAAUGGGUGAUAAAUUCUCCAGAUAGUUCUGAUUAUAAGAAUCAUACUGCCAACCCAAUCUUAAUGUUCAAGGUGAGACAUGUAGAUCAUAGAUGUUCAAGCUCGAGUUAUAUAGUAACAACUAAAUUUGUUUCUUCUAGAUGAAAAAUGAAAAUUAAAAAUUUUAAUUA